AUGCUUCUUCAUCUGCGCACGAAACUGGCGCUGGCGACGGCUUGCCGUACUAUCAACAAUGUCUCUUCGAGUUCGAGCGUUCUGAGCUUGUCGCCCCGGUUGCUUCUUCCGAUUCACUACACUUGCUUCGUCGGUGCACCUUCGCCGCUUGCUCAGAAGACCAGUGUCCGAUCAGCGUCCUUGUUGGCCUCUACAAGGCCGGUCAUUCCUCUUGACCAGCCUUUCAGAUCUCAGGUUUCGCGCGCUUUCACCCAAAGCUCGUCCUUCACGAGCUCAUCUCAAUCAUACUCUAGAGACAGAGCUGGUCGUAUCGCCUCGAUAGCCAUUGUUGGUCUAGGUGCCGCUUUCUUGCUUGGUGGAUUAUGGACGCAAGAACCGCUUCAGUCAGAGUCCGAGCUCCGCAUUGAAGCAAAAACGCAAGUGUCUUCAGAGCACCAAGGCUUUGCACCUCCAGUAGAAGAAGAUGACGAGGAUCUUCGGCGUCGUAACUUUGUCGUGCGAGCCUUCAUCAAAGUCGGCAAUGUCAUCCAUGCCGUCAUCAUUGAGCCGUUCGGCACGGGCAGACGGUUUAUCUACCUUCUGAUCCUAUUCCUCCCAGUCAUUUUCACUGCUCCAAUGCUGCUCGUCGGAAGUAGACGAGAAAAAGGCAGGAGGCGAGGAAGAAAGGUUCGCAAGGACGAGGAGGGAGAUCGCUGGGGUGCCAUCUGGUGGUAUUCCUUCCUUGUCAAGCAGAUGGAGCGCGCCGGUCCCACUUUUAUCAAGCUCGCUCAAUGGGCCGGUAGCCGUCAAGAUCUUUUCCCGGACGAGCUCUGCCAGCGACUGGGUCGUCUGCACUCGAACGGAAAGCCGCACUCAUUCCGAUACACCAAGCGUGUCAUCGAACGCAUUUUCCAGAGACCUUUUGACGAGAUUUUCGAAGAGUUUGGCCAUGAGCCCAUGGGAAUCGGUGCUGUAGCGCAAGUAUACAAGGCAACGCUCAAACACGACCUGCUACCCCCGGGCUACAAGCGCGCAAAGAAGGAAGCUACCCAGGACGAAGCUACGCAGAAGCUGUCUAAAACGCUAGCACUUUCGUACGAAGAAGAUAUUGCGCCUCCGCAGAUUCCCACCAACAGCGUCGCCAUCAAGAUCCUCCAUCCCCGCGUCGAAAAGACGAUUGCACGAGACAUCAAGAUCAUGCGCUUCUUUGCACGUCUGAUCAACAUAGUUCCUGGCGCUGAAUGGCUUUCGUUCCCCGAAGAGGUCGAUGUUUUUGCCGAAAUGAUGUUUUCGCAACUCGAUCUGCGCAACGAAGCCAACAACCUCAGUCGCUUCGAAGACAACUUUGCGCGUCGAAGAUCUGCUAUCUCGUUCCCACGUCCACUCACCCAGUUCAGUACAAAACAGGUGCUCAUCGAAGAGUUCGAAGACGCCCUACCGCUCAAACAUUUUUUGCAGUUGGGAGGUGCCAAAUUCGACCAUCGCAUAGCCAACCUGGGUCUCGACGCUUUCCUCAACAUGCUGCUGAUUGACAACUUCACCCACGCCGAUUUGCACCCAGGCAACAUCAUGAUCAAGUUUUACAAGCCCUCCACCGAGUCGUUGCUCUCGGAUCUUUUUGCACGUAUCUUGAGCAAGUUUGACAGCGACUAUGCGCCUGGUCACCGCAAGGCACCGGCUACACCGGACGAUCAGGUGGACCAAAGCAUCGUGGAGAGAUUACGUCCGCUCAAACAUGACCAAGAUGCAUGGUUGGACGAGCUUGACCGACUUGAUGCACAAGGGUAUCAGCCCGAGAUUGUUUUGCUCGAUGCAGGUCUAACGGUCGAAUUGACGCCGUUGAACCGACGCAACUUCCUCGACCUGUUUUCGGCCGUGGCUCAAUUCGACGGUGCGCUAGCUGGCCAUCUCAUGGUAGAGCGUUGUCGCACACCCGAUCUGGUCGUCGACAAGGACGUGUUCGCCAUGAAGAUGCAAGAUCUCGUGCUCAGCGUAAAGUCGAAAACCUUUUCGCUCGCCAAAAUCAAGAUUUCGGACGUGCUCAACAAGGUGCUCAUGGCAGUUCGCGAACAUCACGUAAAGAUGGAGGCUGAUUUCGUCAAUACGGUCAUCUCGAUCCUGCUGCUAGAGGGUAUUGGACGCCAAUUGGAUCCCGAUAUGGAUCUGUUCAAGAGCGCACUGCCGAUCUUGCGUCACUUGGGCAGGGAGUUGCAGCAUCAGGAAGGAGGAGGCAUGCACGUGCCAAAGAAAGAAGAACUCCGCAGAAUGUUGCCCAUGAUCAAGGUUUGGAUGUACAUGGAGGCGCGGGGGAUCUUGAGUGCUUUCACGGAUGCAAAGGUGAGCACGGUGGAUGCCUUUAUGCGGUAUGGAUGGCACUCCGAGUAA